AUGGAGUCAGUCUGUGUUCUGUUGCUGGCCUUCUGCAGUCUGUCUGGGGCGCGAGGCCUAACCGGCUCCCAAUCGGACAUCUACACUGUGCUGAGAGAACUUAGCGCCAAAGUGGAACAUCUGGAGAAGGCAAGUGAUGGUGAGUGAGUGACUGAGCACGAUAUGAUGGUGUUCUUGCUACAUUUUGUAAUAUUGUGAAAUGCCCCAAUGGCCGGUACUUCUAAAGCUGAAGUUAAUUUAAAUCAGUUGUGGUAUGUGUGUGUUCUUGAAAUAUUUGACAUGCUGUUUCUUCACAGCGAGACUUAAGGUGGCGUUCUCAGCAUCACUCUUCCCACCUGCAUCAGCUCAAAAUAGAGGGCCCUUUAAUACUGACACCACCCUGAUAUUCAAAAAUGUUAACACAAACAUUGGCCAAGCCUACAACUCUGGAACAGGUAGCCUAUUUUACAGCAUAAUUACUGUUUCUGAUUUAUUUUGAAUUCUAAUUUGAGCUCAACAUAGUGCUUUGAGUGUCCGUGACUUGUAUACCUUCGGACAUCGAACAUGCAAUUCAACUAUUUUUUAAAUAAAUUGAACCAAACGAAAUGAAUGUGUACCACGAGUAUGAUGUUGAAAUUAAUGCAUCUAUUGCAUGCAUCUCCUCUCCCUGCAAUGCAGGUAUCUUUGCUGCACCGGUGAGAGGGGUCUACUACUUCACGUUCACUUGCAAUUCUGGGACUUCAGGAAAAGUGAAUGCGGCCCUGUUGAAGAACGGCCAAAAUAUGGCUGCCAUGGUUGGAAGGGGUAAUGUUGACAGCAUGGGGUCAAAUAGUGUAAUACUGCAGUUAGAUGAAGGUGAUCAAGUGAACAUUAUCCUCUGGGGUGGCAACAGCAUCUAUGACAAUGGAUACAGGAGCAUAUUCACUGGUGCCCUGCUUUUUCCAAUGUGAGGAGAGCAUACCAUUUGCUUUAAUGAUUGUAAAGUUUUGUAGGAAUGUACAGUCAUAUGAAAAAGUUUGGGCACCCCUGACAAUUUCCAUGAUUUCCAUUUAUAAAUAAUUGGGUGUUUGGAUCAGCAAUUUCAUUUUGAUCUAUCAAAUAACUGAUGGAUACAGUAAUAUUUCAGUAGUGAAAUGAGGUUUAUUGGAUUAACAGAAAAUGUGCAAUAUGCAUCAAAACGAAAUUAGACAGGUGCAUAAAUUUGGGCACCCCAACAGAAAAAUCACAUCAAUAUUUAGUAGAGCUAAAAUAACAGCCUCUAGACGCUUCCUAUAGCCUCUAAUGAGUGUCUGGAUUCUGGAUGAAGGUAUUUUGGACCAUUCCUCCUUACAAAACAUCUCCACUUCAGUUAGGUUUGAUGGUUGUCGAGCAUGGACAGCCCGCUUCAAAUCAUCCCACAGAUUCUCAAUGAUAUUCAGGUCUGGGGACUGGGAUGGCCAUUCCAGAACAUUGUACUUGUUCCUCUGCAUAAAUGCCCGGGUAGAUUUUGAGCAGUGUUUUGGGUCGUUGUCUUGUUGAAAUAUCCAGCCCCGGCGUAACUUCAACUUUGUGACUGAUUCUUCAACAUUAUUCCCAAGAAUCUGCUGAUAUUGAGUGGAAUCCAUGCGACCCUCAACUUUAACAAGAUUCCCAGUUCCGGCACUGGCCACACAGCCCCACAGCAUGAUGGAACCCCCACCAAAUUCUACUGUGGGUAGCAAGUGUUUUUCUUGGAACGCUGUGUUCUUUUGCCGCCAUGCAUAACGCCCCUUGUUAUGACCAAAUAACUCAAUCUUUGUUUCAUCAGUCCACAGCACCUUAUUCCAAAAUGAAGCUGGCUUGUCCAAAUGUGCGUUUGCAUACCUCAAGCGACUCUGUUUGUGGCGUGUGUGCAGAAAAGGCUUCUUCCGCAUCACUCUGCCGUACAGCUUCUCCUUGUGCAAAGUGCGCUGAAUUGUUGAACGAUGCACAGUGACACCAUCUGCAGCAAGAUGAUGUUGUAGGUCUUUGGAGGUGGUCUGUGGGCUGUGGGCUGUUUUUGACCGUUCUCACCAUCCUUCGCCUUUGCCUCUCCAAUAUUUUACUUGGCCUGCCACUUCUGGCCUUAACAAGAACUGUGCCUGUGGUCUUCCAUUUCCUCACUAUGUUCCUCACAGUGGACACUGACAGCUUACAUCUCUGCGAUAGCUUUUUGUAGCCUUCCCCUAAACCAUAAUGUUGAACAAUCUUUGUUUUCAGGUCAUUUGAGAGUUGUUUUGAGGCCCCCAUGUUGCCACUCUUCAGAGGAGAGUCAAAGAGAACAACAACUUGCAAUUGGCCACCUUAAAUACCUUUUCUCGUGAUUGGAUGCACUUGUCUAUGAAGUUCAAGGCUUAAUGAGCUCACCAAACCAAUUGUGUGUUCCAAUUAAUCAGUGCUAAGUAGUUGCAGGUAUUCAAAUCAACAGAAUGACGAGGGUGGCCAAAUUUUUGCAUAGCCUAUUUUUCACAACUGAUUUUUAAUUUCAUACAACUUAAUAUUGCUACACUAAACAUCUUUGUCUGGACAAUACCCCAGUACUCAGCUUUUAUUAGAAAAUGAAUGGCAUGCCACUGUGAUCAUUUUCUGUGACGACAGAUUAAAUUAUUAUGCAGCCUCAGAGGGGUGCCCAAACUCUUUCAUACGACUGUAUGUACAAUAAUCAAACGCUGAUGCUCAUCAUCCUUCAGGAAAUACUGCAGGUGCAUUUCUCCAAUGUUUACGCACACUGGAUUUUUUAAGGUUUUACAAAUGUAUGAUUUUAUAAUUAUUCUUAAUCACCAAUACAGUAUAACUGGUUUAUCAGAUGUCACAGAUGCAUAGGAAUCCUCCCACUAAGAUAUCCAGCACUAACUACAGUGAGUCUGAGCACUCUGUAGAGCAUAUGUUUAGUUGAUUUGGAACCAAGGAGCCUCAGAUACUGUUUGUACCAUAUAUACUGCGGUCUCACAGAAAACAGUUUUGUUCACAAAUGCUUUUUGUUCUGUUCUGGAAAAUAAAACAAAUAUAAGCAUCCAACCUACCCGUGUCUCAAAUUUAUUUUAAACAUUUGUUAAAGAGAAACAAGUGUUUCUUGUUAUCAUCAAUAUGUUGUUUCAAGGUUAUGCCAGUUGGCCAUACAGGUAUUAUGUUUAGUUAUUUUAUUCCUUUACUUCUGCAGAUAAAACAGACAUACAUUUCAUGGAAAUGUUGUGGAAUGCUCCUUUAAUCAAAAUAUACUUUUGUCUUUGCUGCUCUAUUACAGUAAAAAGCGUAGGGUUGGUUUGAUGUAAUUUGUUGAUGCACAGAGUUGAGUGAACUUUGCUGAUACUAGGGUUGCAAAAUUCUGGUAAUUACACCAAAAAUCCCAGGUUGUCCAGAAAUCCCGGUUGGAGAAGUCCCGGAUUUCCUGCUUAUUCCCUCCUGAUUCCACGAAUAUUCCAACCAGGAUUUCUGCUAAAGCUGGGGAAAAUUUUUUUAGUUACCAGAAUUUUGCAACCCUGGUUACAUUUUAAAUAAACCAAUCCAUAUAUAUAUAUCUAACUCAACAUAUGAGGAGCAGUCAGACAUCUCAGCAAACCUCUCACACCCGGUUCGUUGAAAGCCCUGCGAUGGAGUCUGUUUUGGCUGUGGUAAUGUUGCUGUGCUGUUGUGUGGUUGAGACUCGGACGGAGAGUGAGCCAAUUUCACCAACAACUUGGCCUAACCUGGUUCCCACCUCAACAGCUUUCGCGUCCGAGGUUGACAUGCUGCUGAGGGAACUGGUAGCCCGAGUGGAGAAACUGGAGAGUGAGUGUAACGGUAAUGUUGGCCAUUUCUUAUCAUGAUUGGAAAUUGUCCCUAGCCUUAGUUUCUUUGUGUGUCAGUGUUCCUACGGGCGUGCAGGGACACUGUGUGUGUUUGCACGGAUGCAUGAUCAAUGGAAGUGUGCGUUCAUCAUGCUCUGUAAUUAUUUCACUAUCAUUGGACAGAAGUGUAAAAGUUCAGGCUGUCAUACUAUCUGGAUUCAAACCUUUGAUGUGUAGUAAUCUGGACAUUAUUCGUCUUUCUACAGGCAAACCAAAAGUGGCCUUCUCCACUUCACUUACGGUCAACGAUGAACAUUAUCACUUAGGACCUUUCGACAAUGACACCACCGUGGUGUACAAAAAGGUCACUACAAACAUCGGUGAAGCAUAUAACCCAGAUACAGGUAUUUACCCACUAGAUAAGUCUCAACAUCAUAUUAAAGGUGCAAUCUGUAACUUUCAUUUUGUGUCAAGCGCUGCCCUGCACUUGUUUGUAAACUGAGGGGAUGGGAUUUAGCGAAUCAAACGGUUUAAUUAAUCUUUCGGUUCUUGGCUGAAAGUGUUUGUAGUACCUUGAGUUGGCACUGGCAAUGAUGAAAGCUACAGAUUGCACCUUUAUGUAUUUUACUGGGGUGUCUUUGUAACGCUCUUAAUUAAAAAAUAUUUAUAUUACACUUUUUCUUUAGCAGUAUGUCCAUGUUCUGUUGUGUCAUAAUCACACAGUUGUUUUUGUCCACCUUGCUUUCUCACCUGAUGCAGGUGUCUUUACUGCACCUGUGGGAGGGGCCUACUACUUCACAUUCACUUGCAAUGUUGGGAAUUCAGGGAAGGCGAAUGCAGCAUUGCUUAAGAACGGUGUGAAAAUGGCUGCCGUCUAUGAAACUGCAAACCCAAAAUCCGGCAUUUACCACGGCGGGGCCAAUGGAAUCACACUAGACCUAGUGGAAGGAGACAAAGUCUGUGUGGUUCUCUGGAGUGGCAGUAGCAUAUUUGACAACAGCAGGAUUAGCAUGUUCAGUGGUCACCUUCUAUUUCCUACCAAUAAUAAGUAAUAGUAAAAGGCUGAUCAUUACAGUUCAUGACUUAGCAAGAAUUGUAAAUACUUAUUUCAACAUUUCAUUAAAGGAAUAAUCCACUCAAA